AAAACAUCUCAUAAACAAGACAUACAUUUGCGAUGAAUAGUAGCCACAAAUCAGUCGCCCUUUAAUUAAACAUAAGUUUUUGUUAAUUUAAAUCAUUAUUAAUUUUACCGCAUAUCGGAGGGUCUGGUAGUGGUGACCAGAUAACCCUGGUCAGAGUUUACGUUAAAUUAUAUAGUGCAAUAUUUUUGUGGCAACGAUUGUGACGACAAUUAUUGUAAAUUAAUACCUAAUUUAACCCAAAAAACACGUACAAAAUGUUUGCCGUAAUUACAAAAACAUUUCAAUUGCAAAAAACGGGUCUAAAUGUGUGUAAAAUAUCGGCUAAUGUCUGGUCUCAGCGAAACCCGAGCCGUGGUUUGGCUUCAAUUGAGACUAAUCCAAAGACCAAUGAGUUUAAGUACAGCAUAAAUGGUAACUCAAAGUUGACUUCAGACCAGCAAAAGCAAUACGAAGAGCAGGGCUUUAUUGUCGUCAAGAGUCUGAUCCCAAAGCAAGACAUCGAGAAAUAUCUCAAACGAUUCAACGAUAUCGCUAACCGUCGAGUGCCGACACCUCCCGGUCUGACCGUCCAGAAGGAGGUAAAGGUGGCCAAAGAGGCGCAGAACGAGAACACUGUAUACAAACUGCAGGACCUGUUCUUCGACGACGUGCUCUUCGAGUACUGCAAACACCCGAAUGUCUUGGAAUACGUGGAGGCGUUUUGCGGGCCGAAUGUGAUGGCCAUUCACACUAUGNACACUGUAUACAAACUGCAGGACCUGUUCUUCGACGACGUGCUCUUCGAGUACUGCAAACACCCGAAUGUCUUGGAAUACGUGGAGGCGUUUUGCGGGCCGAAUGUGAUGGCCAUUCACACUAUGCUUAUCAACAAACCGCCCGAUUCGGGCACCAAAUCCUCUCGACAUCCAUUGCAUCAAGACUUGCAUUACUUCCCGAUCAGACCCGUAGACCGUAUAAUCGGCGCGUGGACUGCGAUGGAGACAAUCAAUAGGGCCAACGGCUGUCUUGUGGCCAUUCCGGGCACCCAUAAGGGCGCGCAUCUGGAGCACGAUUACCCCCAAUGGGAGGGCGGCGUCAAUAAGAUGUAUUACGGCGUCAAAGAGAUGUCCGGACAGGAGAAUCGGGUCCAUCUGGAGAUGGAGGCCGGAGAUUGUAUACUAUUUCAUCCGUUACUGAUCCACGGCUCGGGCACUAAUCAGACCAAAGGGUUCCGCAAAGCCAUAUCGUGUCACUUCGCGGCCGCCGAUUGUCACUACAUCGACGUCAAGGGAACCAUUCAGGAGAACUUAGCCAAUGAAGUGCUCGCUGUGGCCGCCAAGAAGUUCGGCAAUAAGUUUGACGACUAUAGUCUUUUAUGGAAGUUUCGGUCACAACUCGUGAGGGGAAAGGAAAUGAAUCUUUGAAAACGCUUUUAAUGACAAUUUUUAUGGCAAUAUUUAAGACAUAUUUUUACAAAUAUUUAAAAUUUUUGACAAAUACUAUA